AAAAACGCUUCGUUAAUCCAAAUUUAUGCUCGCGUAUUUAAAUAGUCUAGUAACUAGAGGGACGCACCGUCAGUUAGUUGAACUUUGCCUCUGAAUGAAUGUAUUAAUCAAAAUUUUAUUAAUGUUUCUAUAACCGUACCAAUUUUUUUUUUUCAUUUCAAUUUCAUAUACGAACUUAUCUGCAUUUACAGCGCCCAUUAUCUCUAUUUUACCCAUAUUUAUUUUACGACUAUUUGUAAUUCAAAACCAAAAGCGUUACAAUUCCACGCGUACAACCAUUUGGGCCAGCAGUGUGAAGGUUACAACAUGAGCACCUUUUGGUUACUGCCGUCACCACCGCAAUUCUUUGCCCUCAUAACUUCCUACGUGGUUAUUCUCAUCGUGGGACCAUUGCUCAUGAAAAAACGUCAACCCUUCGACUUACGGAGCGUCCUCGUGGUCUACAACUGUUCACAAGUGUUCCUCAACGGCGGUCUUAUGCUAUUAGGUAUUCCAGUUGCACAUAGAGUGACCAUUUUCUGCAACCCCGACCAUGACUCCAACAGCCACGAGAACGCCAUCAUUGCAAAGUUAUACCUCAACUACGUCUACCUCAAAAUGUACGAUCUUCUGGACACCGUCUUCUUCAUCCUCCGCAAAAAGCACGCCCAGAUUAGUUUUCUCCACGUAUAUCACCACAUUAUGAUUCUCGUGGUUGGUUGGAUGGGUACCAAAUAUUAUCCUCCGGCAACGUACCCAGGAGGUCCAUGUCUUCUGUUUGGUCUUGUUAACUGCUUCGUUCAUAUGUUUAUGUACUACUACUAUUUAAGAAGCGUGACACGAGGUCCCAACUUGAACAGUAUGACGUGGAAAAAGUACGUGACUGUACUGCAGCUGGUUCAACAUUACGUUAUGUUAUUGCUGACUUGUGUUGCUUUGAUGACGGAGGAAUGCCCUUAUCCGAAGUACAUUGUUUUCGCCGCUAUGCUAGGCUUUUUUACCAUGGUGUACCUUUUUAGUCAAUUUUACUGGAAAACUUACAUUCGUAGAAAGGACAAACUUGCAAACGGAAAAGCAGUUCAUUGAUUAACAAACGUACUGUAUCUUAUUACGUAAAUUAAUGAUGUUAAAUCAGCGUAUAACACCUACGUUGCAUUAAAGACAACAUUUUUCACGGUUUUUAGACAAUUUUAAUACCUUUAGAAUCGACAUUCUUGGCCCUGAAAACUUAAGUGUAGAUACACGUUUUUACGGAAUAAAUUAGUCUCACUAAUAAAUAUGAUGAAAAUUU